AUGGCAUCUUGGUUCAUUAUUUUAAAUAUAAUUCUUCUAUUAUCAUCAUCAUUUUUACAAGCUCGUUUUCGAAUAAAUUCAAAACGACGAUAUUCAAUGUCAACAAUACCAUUUAAUCCUCCAUCACUUCCAUUUGAUGAUACUUCUGAUGCAAUAUCAAAUGAUGAUUCUUUGAUAGAAUCAAUAACAAUAUCAUCAAGUAAAACAAAUAAUCAAGCUAAUGAACAACAAAUUGAACAAUUUAAACGUCUUUUAAUUGAUCGUUUAAAUUUAAAAGAACCACCAAAUGUAACAAUUCAAAAUAAUGAUGGUACAGGUAUUCCAUCAUCAAUUGUUAAACAACUUGAAGAACAAGCAGAAGAACAAGAAUAUAUAAAACAUAUUGAAGAAAUGAAAAUUUUUGAACGACAACAACAACUAAAUAGUGAUGGAAGUCAAGCAACAACUGAACGUGCUAUUUUACCUAGUGAUAUAAUUCCAAAUCAUGCAUGUCAACGACAAAUAUCAAUUAAGUUAAAUCUUAAUGAAAAAAAUUUACAAAAUAUUGGUUGUUUUCAUUUUACUAAAUCAGCACAUACAUCAACAAGUUUACCAACAAAUCAAAUUGCUAAACAAUUACGUAUUUAUGUUAAAAACGAUUAUUUUCAUCUUAAUAAUCAAAAUGAAAAUCGUUUAAUACCACAAAUGUUUCAAAUUUAUCAAGUAUUUCGUCCAGCAUCAAAUAAUACUUCAUCUAAUCCAUUUACUAGUUUGACUGAUACAUUACGUUUACCAAUAAGUCAAAUAAAACAAUUAAAUGAUGGUUGGUUAGAAUUAACUAUUGAUCCAAAUAGUACACAAAUUAGUAUUCAUCAAAUUUAUAAACAAUUUAUUAUGCCUUUGUAUGGACUUGCAAUUAAUCGUGAACUUCAAUCAUCAUGGUCAUCUUAUUAUCGUCGUUAUUAUUCAAAAAAACGUUUUACACAUUUUUUACGUUCAAAUGAUGAUGAAGAUAACAGUAAAGAAUCUCAACAACAAUUACCAUAUAUGCUAGUCGAAUAUGAUAAAAUUUCUACAUCAUCAUCUGGACAUCGUGGUAUACGUGGUAUAAAUAGACCACGUCCAGCACAACCUUGUGAUCCAAAAAGUCCAUGUUGUCGACGUUCACUUAUAAUUGAUCUUGAUCAAGGUACUAAUGCAUUAGAUUUUGUUAUUUAUCCAAGACAAUUGGAUAUUGGUGAAUGUGUUGGUUUAUGUGGUACAGGUGGUACAUCACUUAAAAUUACAGAAGUUAAAAAUGCCCAACAUAAAAAUCAUCAAAAUUCAGCAUAUAAUCUUGUUUUACUUCAUCAAAAUGGUUUAAAUCAUAAUAAAACUACAACAACAACAAAAAACAAUCAAAUUAAUCAACAAUCAACUCAUUGUUGUUCUUUUUCACGCACAGGUGGUCUCGAACUUAUGUAUUCAAUUGCAAAUGGUGGACCUGUUAUACUUCCACCAUCAAUUCAAGCUCAAUCAACACCUAUUCAUAGUACUAUUGGAAAAUCCAUACAAUUACGUUGUUUAGCUACAGUUCCAUUUGAUACAAAAAUCUAUUGGCAUAGAAUGGAUAAUAAAACAAUAUCAAAAUUUCGACAACAACAAUAUACAAAUGGUGAUAUUACACAAACAAGUUUAUAUAUAAAAGACAUUGAAAAAUUAGAUUUUGGAUUGUAUGGUUGUUUUGCUGAAUCAAUGGCUGGUCAAAAUCAUGCUGUUAUUGAAUUACGAGAAAAUCGUCGUUUAACAAGCGCCAAAGUCAUAGAAAACACUGAGCAAACAACACCACGUAUGCAAAUACUUAAACGAAAUAAAAUUUCCGAUCAAACAACAAUAUCUAUAAAAAUCAAUAAAGCUUCAACAUGUUUUUCACUAUUGUACUUGCCAUUUACAUUAAUUCAAAUAAUUUUCUAUUAUCUCACGUAG